AUGUCGCUGCAGGCUCUCCACAGGUCGCUUCCGCCGUUUGCACCCGCCAUCCCCGUCGCAGCUCUCCCCUUCCUCGCCCUCGUCCUCCUGUCCGCGACGUUUGCCCUCGCUUUCUACUUUACCACCCUCCCAAAACACACGCUGCCCCUCCGCGAGCUGGCUGUAGCCUCGACAGCCAGUCUGCUGGGCGGCUUUGGCGUCGUCGCCCUCUUCUGCACCGCCGGUGUAUACGUAUAG